UUUGGAUAAUAUUGUAAUAUAGUAAUAUGUGUCUAUUUAGUAUUUUUUUAUAUAAUGUUAAUUAUAGUGUGAAUUGUGGAUAAUACCAAAAAAUUGAAUUUAUUAUGCAAAACUGAAAACAAUAAACGAUAUUGUAUUAUGUUAAACAUUUAAGAUAUCGUUAUUAAAAAGUCAAUAUUCUGACUUGUGCGCCAGAACGAUGCCCGAGAAUUACAGCUGUGAUCAUUGUGAGAAAACAUUCACAAACCGUCGACACUAUGAUCUGCACGUUGAUGGUCAUUUGCGCAACAUCUGUCGUGUAUGCGGAUCAUCUUGCAACAGCCGCAAGAUGUUGGUUACCCACAUGUCUACUGUCCAUGGAUCCAAAUUGGAACCAAUUGUGUUGAAUUGUAAGUACUGUAUGAAAACGUUUGUUCAAAAACGUUCAUUGCACUUGCAUUACAAGACCGUGCACAAAAACACGGGCACUAUAUGUCUUGAUUGCGGACAGCCAUUUGACAGCAAACAAGAACUUGCUGAUCAUAUAAAAACAGUUAAGCACGGCGAUGGUUUCAUAUGCCAUAAGUGUGGAGAAGUAUUCACCCGAAACCAACAAUAUAAAUUGCAUUUACAAAGGCACGAUGCAUACUGUUGUUUCAAUUGCAAUGCUCAAUUUGCAAAUUCUAAGAAAUUGAACAAACAUUUGAAAUCAUGUGUUUCAAUACCACCGGUCGAUAACUGUUCAAAAAAUAAACAAUCAACUACAGGUGUUGUAUAUGAAUGCAUUGAGUGCAAAAAGUCAUUUGAGAAAAAAAAGUAUUAUAAGCGGCAUAUGAAAACAGUAAUUCAUUCAGGUAAUAAAGUCGAUAAUCCAUUUUAUUGUGCUCAUUGUCCAAAGAUAUUUUAUUAUAAAUUUAAUUUAUCAUCACACAUGAAACAAGUACAUUUUAGACAACACAAUAAUUAUAUUUGUAAUUUGUGUGGACGGAGUUUUCAGUAUGGAAACAAUUAUAAAAGGCACAAAGAUUCUCAUAUGCAAGUUAGAAACUAUGUUUGUGAACAUUGUGGUGCAUGUUUUUAUCGAAAACAUGCAUUACAAGAUCAUCAAAUUGCUAUACAUAAUGAAGAAAAAAAUUUUGUUUGCAAUGUAUGUGGUGAUAAUUUUAAAUUAAAAUCAAUAUUAAUAAGACAUAUGGAAAAUCAUUCUGAGACCAAAAAAUAUGUGUGCCAUUGUAAGCGUAUGUUCAAAUUUGCAUCCAAUUUACGACGUCACCAAGUUAAUAUCCAUAAUCAAGUGUAUACUGAAACUAUUAAAGUAAAACGCUUUGUGGAAGAUAAUAGCCGUUCAUCUCCAAUGGCAGUCAUGAAUGAAGAAAAAGAAACACAAAGAUUGAAACAAAAAAAUAUCAACCACCCUCGACUAGAAGAUACUGUAUCAUAUUCAUUGAUGGCGUAUUCUGAUAACUUAGAUUUAAGUAGUGUUGACAUAGCAGAGAGUGUUCUUCAAGUAGCCUCAGCAUCAAAUUACAAGAUAGAAUGUGAAGAAAAUUCAUGUUUUCCUGGAAUUCAUCCUCCUAUUGAAACAUCUCUAGUAUGCAGCUUAAAUGAUGGUGUGGAUUUGUCUCCUAAUUCUUCACAGCAAUAUCUAUCUGAUUAUGUUGUUMCACAUCAGUUUCCAUUUCUGAAUAUUUGAAGUAUUCCAAUGUCACAAAAUUGUAUUUUGUGAUGUUUAUUAAUGAUAAAACAAAUUAUUUAUAAUGCAAAAAUAUUAUUUUACAAGGUAUCACCAAUAUUAGGGUGUUAAACUUAGAUUUACUUUCUAGGCUACUUGAUGUCUUAWGCAUAAUAUAUUGCAAAUUUGAUUUGACAUGAAAGAUAUUUUUAUUUACAUGUAAUAAAAUAAAAUAGAACCUUUAAAUAACAAACCUUUUUCGGACCAAUGUCAACAUUUUCAAAUCAAAGAUUUAUAAUAAUUUCAUAUGCCAAUAAUAUGUUCAUAACAAUAACUACUUAUAAA